GCAAAUAUACUCCGAUUUCUCACUCGCUAUAAAACCAACCAACUCCCUCGCAUCUCUCGCUUUUUUUCCUUUCGAAACCCAAAAUUUUUGCCUCGCACAAGCGCAAGCGUAAUGAGGGAAGAAGCUAUCAGCUCCGGCGGGACAAUGGAUCCCUCAUCUGCGGCAGCCAGGUACCUAAGAUCACACUUCGCUACUCCCCGUUCUUGCUCUCUAGGGUUUCGGUUGACUCACCAAUUUUGCGUUUCUGUGGAUUGACGUGGAAAUUAGGGUUUAAAAUCUGCGAGCUUUGGUAAAUUUUAGGAUUGAAUUUUAGGGCUUUUGCUAUUUGUCGCUGUUAAAAUGAUAAAGGAGUGAGAAACAUUUGCCAAUUCUUUGAGCUUUGCACGUAAUGAGGGCCGUUUGUUAGGUGUAUGGGCUCUUUCCUUGGAGCUAGGCAUUUCGGUGGGUAGGUGACUAUCAUACUUCAGCUAUAUGGCGAUUGAUAGUUUUCGUGGCAGAUUUGACUAAGAUAAAAGGAAAUGCAAUUGAAACAUUUACUUUCUACUUUGGUCUUCCAUCUUUGUAAGUUGUGGUAGCUGAAAAUUUUGUAUUUUUGUUAUGCCCGUGACUGAACUAAGCCCCGUCAUUGCCCACAGCAUGUUCCAUACUGUUGAGGCAUUUGAAGACUUCAAUUAUGGUAGAAUGUUGCUCUUAGUUCAUGAAAGUUGGUACUGAUAUAUUCAAGCCUUGUGUCUGUAUGACAGUAACUAAGGAUUCUUUUUCUCGCCCUCUUUUUGACGAAUUAUUGUAGCCGAGGAUUCUUGUCUUAAUUCCUACAUACCGAAUAUUAAAUAUGAAUCUCAAGUCUGGCGAAUUUUUUGUUAGGGUGAAAAUGAUUGCAGUACUCUAGCUAAGUGUUAUAGAGAAAUUAAUUAUGUGAUAUAUUUUCAAUUAAGCUGUAUGUGUUUUCCGUGGAUUGGUCUGCGCCUCACUUUUGGAUGACAAGUCGGGUAGCGAAUAUUGUAGCUGUGAGAUUCUUAGUCUUCUUUGUUAUUGAAAUUGUUAUGGAAGAGAAGGACCACCAUUUGCUUAUUCCAGUUUUUUGUAUUUUUUUUUUAUGUUUGAUAAAAUGCCAAUUAGGAGUAUUGCACUUCUUCUUGCUCUUUUUCUUUUUCUUUAUAUUAGUAUUAUGUUUCCCAAGAUUUUGCCAUGAGGUUUAAUGUGACUGGCUGGCCAAUUGACUAUGUUACACUUUAAGCUAACUUGAAUGGCCUUAAUAUUCGUGGAAAAGUUAAAUACUGAAAACCUUAAACGAAUUGGAAAUGUAAAGGUCUGAUAGAGGGAGUGCUAUAUUUUCUCCUUGUCUGAUAAUUUUUUUUCAGUUUGUGGCAGCGUAGGAAGUCUAUUUUGCAUAUUCAAAUACUUUCCCCCAUUUGCUUAGAGGGAAGGGUAUGAUUGUUGGAUCUCAAUCGAGGCCCUGCAUUUCUCAUAUUUGGGGAUGAAUAAGUUAUGGAUCAGCUGAAUAUAAUUACUGUACCUCUUUCACUUGUGUUUUGUCCAUGCAUCACCAUGCUCCUUUUGUUUUCCCAAAAUUUCUGAACAGAGUCUGUGCAUCUUACCUUAUAGUUCUGCUGGGGCGUCUUCACGUGCUGGACCUGUCAAUGAUGGCAAAAAACACAAGUCCAGUAAUGCUCUUGAUUCCAGCAUGGCUUCUCCGUCUGGCAUCCAUUCUAAACAACCUGGGACUUCUAAUCUUGGUUCAGCAAGACUUGCAUGUAGGCCAUGGGAGAGAGGCGAUUUAUUAAAGCGCUUAGCUACAUUCAAACCACUAAAUUGGUGUGGAAAGCCUAAGGUACUGUACCUAGUUGCUCGUAGUAUUCUAGGGUCGAUGUUGCCUCUUGUUUUCUUUUAAGCAUCAGUCCUGCACUGUAUUAUCUCCUACUGCAAGGGAAUACCAUAACAGUUAGCGACAAAGGAAACCCAUUUCCAGCAUAUGGAUAAAAAUUAAUCAAAUUCCUAAAGAACCACGAAUCCAUGAAAGAACAAUUAAGGAGAUUCUUCUGAAAAAAUAAGGGUAUUCUGGGUUACCAAACUGAAUUGUUGCUUAUUACUGGAUGCCACCUGUGCAUUCAAAUAUUAAAAAAUCAGAAAAACUAACAGAACAUGGUACGGCCAACUGCAUAAAACUCAAGAAUGUACAACUUUUUUUUUGUUUAGAAGUGCUAGAAUCUUGUGAAGUUGUUGCUUUGCAAAAAGUAAUUACAAUUAACUUGAUCUUCUUUAGACUUUGCUGCUACUUGCUAGUUUCUUUUUGUCUUUUAAUUGGAAAGUUGGUUGAGUCCACAUUGGGAUUGAACGUCACUGUAACACAUUUGGUAGGUUUGAGUUGUAGUCACUUUUCCUCACUUUUUCCACACUGCUAAACUUUGUUGCAACAUGAGAACCACGUGCACCACCACCCCUAUGGCCUCGUCAGGCUUCAAGCCUGUGAUAUGCUAACUGGUGCUGUAGUAAUGAGCAACGCUCGGGCAUUUAGAUGCUAGGAUUUUCGCCAGCAUAGUAGUCAUGGCCCUUGAAUUUGUCUUUGAAACCAUGUGGAGUUGGAGGUUUCUAAUUUGCAUGUGUUGUCGAAACAAAGGGUGAAAAUGUUUUUGUAGCUUGAAAAAUGUCUCUACUUUUGUAAUGGAUUUGCAGGUUACCAAUUCACUGGCUUGUGCUCAAAGAGGUUGGAUGAAUGUUGGUGCUGACAAAAUUGUUUGUGAAUCAUGUGGUGCAUGUCUGAGUUUUGUGCUGUUAUCUUCAUCGUCUGUCGCUGAAGGUUAGUUAUGUAGUAACGUGCUCCCUUCCUGUUCAUAUUUGUCUGAUGAGGUCAAUAGUUGAAGAAUUAGCUGGCAUGUCAAUACUAGCUUUAAAAUGAAAUUUUCCAAAGAGU